AUGUUGCUACCGCUUCAUAAUGCAAGCCGACUUUAUGAAGUUCUCCUAUCAGACGACCAGAAAUUCGAUGGCUGGGCGAUUUCGUCAGCCGUCAAGCGCUAUGUGGUAACUAUGUCAGAUAGUCUGCUCGAUGCUGAAGGCCUAGCCUCGGUCAUUGACGAGAGGCUCGGCCAAUCCCUGCGGGCACCGGCAGGCCUGGCAAGAACCUUAUGGCGAAUGCUAGCUGCCCUCACGUCUUCUAUUGACUGUCCCGGUGGGAAGAAGGCUAACGACCUAGAGAGGGGGUGGCGUAUAGCUACACUCGAUUGCGUCAUAUACCACCUCUAG